CCGCUGCUGUUUUCUCCUCACCUCUCGCGAGUCUAGGACUUCGACUUCCGGACAGUGGCGUCUCGGAGGUAACGGCAAUGGCGGCCGUGGAGGCUGAGCGCCUCUUUUCCCUGGAGUUGCUCGUGGACUGGGUGCGCCUGGAGGCCGGACCAUCGUCCCCGGGAGCCCCAUGCCCCGCCGUGUCCUUCUGCCUGCUGGACUUCCCCCCGCUGCUCGUCCACCCGCCCGCCACUCCGGUCCCGGGCUCCCAGCGCGAUGUCAUUGGCUUCGGGCGCGGCAAAGCCUGCCUGUUCCGCCUGCACCCCGCCGCCCCACGCUGCCUGCUGUUGCGCGCCGCACUGCUGCAGCUGCCGGCGGGCCGGGCGCCCACCCCGCGAUUGCUGGGGGCCUGCGACGUCCAGCUGGCCGACGUCGGGGUCGCUCGUUUGGGCGCCCAGAGCCGGCGAGGCACUUUCGCCCUGCUCAGCCGCACUGGAGAGCGCAUCGGGGACUUGGCGCUCUUCUACCGUCUGACUGACCUGGGCAGCUGCCAGCUAGGCUCUCUAGAGCCACUUGUCCCUCUCGCCUCUUCGUCAGGGGCGGAGGGAACAGUAGUGGGCCGAGAACUGCAGCGGGCGCCCUACAUCCCACGGGAGAAGAGACGGCCUUCGUCGGCUCCGGAGCUGCGCCCCAGGGAUGCAGACCAGACUGUAGGGGCCCUAGCGGGGCGGCAGGAUGGUGGAAUGGGAGGAGUUUUCUGCUCCAAGAACACCUCUGAUACCGCAAGUUUUGUUAAGAGCCUCAGAACCUGCUCUACUGUUGCUCCUGUGGCUGGUAGCAGUGUCAACCCCCUCAAUGAGGAAGUCGCAGAGUUGGACUUCGAAACCAACACAUUUUGCCCUCCUCCUCUCUAUUAUACUCACUUGACCCCAAAAAAGACGCCUCCGGCACGGGUUAAAAUCAUAACUGAGCCGCAAAUGAAUGUACCUGUGGAGUUAGAUGGUGCUUUUCCGGAAAAAAGCCUUGUAAAUUCUCCACUGCAUCCAAGUCCUCUAAAACUUACAAAUUCGGCAACACAAGAGAGAGCUACAGUGCUUGUAAGUCCUCCACCUAGUCAAGAUACAGGAGCAAGUAAUCAAACCACAUGUCCUCAAAUUGACCAAAAUACAAUUAAUACAAUAAGGCAGUUACCUUUGUUAAAUGCUUUGUUAAUUGAGUUGUCAUUGUUAUACAACCAACCCAUGGCAAGUCCUACUGAUGUACAUCCUCAUUUAGCCUGGUUGUAUAGAACUCAGGACCAGGUGCCAGAAUCUUAUGCCAAGUCCACUGAAUCUGAAUCCAAGAAGCAUCAGCUUUCUGUGGGAGAACAUAAAAAGUCAGCAAGUUUUCAGUGUAAAAAGAAUCAAAUUGAAAAGCUUAAGAAAGAUAAAUAUUUUGAAAAGAGCAGUGGAAACUCCCAAAUAAGAGUUACAAGGAGGAGGCUACUUUAUGGCUUAACAAAUACACUAAGACUACGUUUAAAGCAAACAAAUCCUGAUAUGUUGGUAGUACAGGAAAAGAGAGAACACUAUAGAAAAAUGCAAGCACAAAUGUUAGGUACUAAAUGUAGAAUUACACCAUCCAAAGUUAAAAAGCAAAGUUUUGCAGAACAAAGUCACCAGCCACAACUUCCUAAAAAUAAUUGUUUAGAUAGAGAUGCAUCUCUUGUUGAAAACAGUAAUACCUCAAGGCAAAUUAGUGGAGGUUUUGAUGAGCCAAGCACGACUAAGGAGACUAAACUGAAACAAGCAACUGAAGAAAGGACAGUUGAUUGUGGUCAAAAUAGAACCAAAAAUGGUUUAUUGGAGGGAAUUGUAAGUCCUGAAAAUUCCAUUAUUCCAGAAAGAUUUACUCACACAAAUACUUUGGGAGGAAAAUUGGAAAAGAGUGUCCAAAAUCCAUAUGUGUUCCAACCGGAUGCUGUUGACAGAACUUUAGAUAAAGAAAUAGAUGGUGGGCAGGUCAAAUCAACAGACAGUGAUGUUCUUGGUGCUGAUAAGAGUGAAAAUAGACCAAGUAAAAAUAGUUUCUAUGAAAGCAUCUCAGAACUAAAGUAUUCAGAUGACUUCACCAGCCCUUGCUAUUCUGAAGAUUUCCACACCACUGAGGAUACUAGCAGAAGUUUAAUAAGUUUACAAGCUCAUGAUAAUAGUUCAAAGGCAAAGAAUCCAAAACAUGGUUCAUAUACAAGUAAGUCUAGUGAAGCAAGAUUGUCCAUAAGGAAAAAUAGCAGUGAAAAAAGUUCUAUUCUUAGCCCACCUUUUUCUGCUGGAUCACCAGUACUUUCAAAAGGAAGAUCUUAUUUUUCAAAGAAUCAGGACAGAAGUUUGGAGGAAACAUCUAGUAUCUCUACUGGUAAUUUAUCUUCAUCACAUUCAAUUGAAAAAGAAAACCAGAUGGACCAAAAUGGUAUGCAUAAUUCUAAGAUUAUAAAGAACGGUCAUGGUGUCGCUAUUAAAGCAGGAACUAGUCUCAAGUCUUUAGAGAGAAGCCAUUCACCACGGACAUCUCAGUUGAGUUCAUACUUGCCAUCUAAUUUGUCAGAACUAGAACUCAAGGUCCUGGAUAACAGUACAUCAGAUCACUUUGGAGAAGAUGAUGAUGACAUUGGACCACUAAGUAUUUCCAAGCAAUGCAAAGAUAUCUGUGAGUUAGUAAUAAACAAACUUCCAGGAUAUACUGUAUGAAAAUAGUGCUUUUGAAAACAUUUUUGCAACCUAUGUAUAUAAUUCUUGAAAAAAUUUUAAUAACUUUUAGUACAUUAUGUGAGUAGUUCUAAUAACUGUAUGUAAGUUUGUUAUUCCUUUAAUGUUUAGUAUUUACCAUUAAAUCUGAUCAUAUUGAUCAUGAAAUCACCUUAUAACUUAGGUUAAGUUUUCAAGUUGUUUAAGAAUAAAAGUAAAGUAUAUCUUUCUAAAUUUCUCUUAAAGUAUGUUUUAAACUAUAAAUCAUUCUAAAGCUGAUUUCAUGUGUACCUUUGAAAAAAGGGUAGUUAAUAAAGGCUGGCCUUAAAUGUUAAUGGGAAUAAAUCAUUUAACAAAUGUAGAAGUCUUAGGGUGUGAGAUUCAGAAAGGUAAACAAUAAAAAAAUACUCAAGAUACAGUCCCGGCUGUUAGAAGAGCUCACAGUUUAUAUAGACACAGAGUCUUUGACAGGCACACAUCCCACAUCUCCAACAGGCAGAGACUUCUGUAUUCUUUUAUAUGCUUUGUGUCUUUAAUUUUCUUUAACCACAGUUUUUAUGAAUAUUUCAUUAAUGUUUGUCUUUCACUGGGCUUAAAAGUUUUGUUAUGAGAAGACCUUGUGUCUUUUGCACAUCCAUAUUUUCUUAAUCUCUGGCACAUUUCCUAGCAGGUAGUUGGGGUAUAAUAAAAACAUUUGUUGUACAACAUUUAAAAUACCUGACAGAAAGAUAUUGAAUGAAGCAGUAAAAACAAGGCGAAAUCCUAAAAAUAAAACCUGUGAAAAUCCUUAUUAAA